AUGAAAAAGGAUGGGAUGAAAGGCAAUCUCACGUCGCUGAGUGAGUUACCAAAAAGUCAAGGCAUUGAUGUGAUCGAGAAAUUGCAUGAACUCCGUCGACGCAACUACUCCGCUGAUCGCAUGACUCUGGCUGCUCAAGCAAAGGACACUCUUGAUAACCUUGAAGCUCUAGUUCGUCGUAUUUUUUCACAAUUGCCCGUAAGGUACAAGCUUGAUUAUACAGGUUGCAGCCGCUCAGAGUGA